AUGGACAAGAUCUACCAAGGAUCCUUUCUCAACAUCUCCGCUACUGCUGCGGUUGAUGGAGAUCAGGGGUUGUUCUUCGGCCGACAGCCUGAGUCCCUUUGGGAGAACGAGAUCAACGUCAACCAUACUGGAAUGGCUCCUUUCGGAAAACAUAGUACUGGAGGCUCGAAAAGGGAACAGUUGACGAGGUGCGCUCUCAUCGACGUGUCCUUCUGGGACGAUCUCGUUGAGAGCGCAGCUGUUAACCGUAGAGGUUGGGUUCUGCAGGAACGUCUCAUGGCACCACGUGUAUUACAUUUCUGUCGCGACCAGAUUGCCUGGGAGUGCUCUCACUUCGAUGAUGCCGAGGGUUAUCCUGGAAUGGCUAUAGGACUGAGGUCCAAGCUGGGAGCUACAGUAGACGAAGGAAGGCUCAAAGACUUAACUCCAGAGGCUGGGCGGGCACUACGAAGCAAUCGCCUGAAUGAUCUUCCAGACCCUGAUGAAGGCAUGGUAGAUCUGUACAUCUACGAAUUGUGGAAACACAUUGUAGAGGUGUACUCCAAAACGCAAAUCACAGUAUCGCGCGACAAACUCAUAGGGUAA